AUGGACGAUGAUAUGGAAUUUUCCGAAGACCCAAAUGUACAAGAGCUACAGUCGUGCUCUCUCAUCUUUGAUAAACUAAAAGUUGACUACACCAAGCUUGCAGGGUCCAUAGAGUUGCCAUUGCAAGUGGAUGAGGAAAAGUCUGUAACUUUGAUUCAAAGAGGAGCAGAGGGACGCGAAUCACUAUUGGCAUCUAAGAAGGUCAAGUUUUUGCCGCCUAUUCAGCUACAGUUCAAUUUACCAGGUGGAUACCCUGAUUCGAAACCACCAACGAUUAAACUAUCAUGCUCCGUAUUGAGCCAAAACACCAUCCGGGAGGUUGAAGAGCAGUUGCUUCAAAUUUGGCAAGACUACAAAGAUCGAGUGGUGUUUAGUCUCAUUGAUCACUUACGAGAACGGUCGCAAUCCUGUCUAGACGAGCUACUACCUCACCGUAUUGAAGUUUCCGAUUUCGAUCAAUACAAUGACAUUGUGGAAUUUGAUCUCAGAACCAGGGAAAAAAAGUUUUGCAGUCAAACGUUUGAUUGUGAAAUAUGUCAAGUUGGACACAAGGGGCUGAGGUGCACACAGUUUGAUGACUGUGGACACGUAUUCUGCAAUGAUUGCUAUAUAGCGCAAGGAGAAGUAGAUAAAGUACAUUGUCCAGAGUACACUUGCACCAAGAACCACAUCACCACAAGAAAUAAUUUGAUGAAAAUGGAAACCUGGACAUUAAAAGAUGAAGGAGUGAGAGAAAUGGUGAUGAAGAUGUUCACCCCACCUGUUUCAACAAGUAAGCUUAGAAAAUUGCUUACCGCUGAAUCCAUACAGCGAUAUUUGAGCCUUUUCAAGAAAUCGCAGUAUGAAUUUAUUGGCAAGCUUUUACCGAGCAGGCUCGUUGAGUGUCCUCGAAUCGGUUGUGAUGAGGUUAUUUUUCGAGAAGAUUUGAAUGAAAAGUUGGUCAUGUGUCCAAAAUGCAAGUAUGCAUUCUGCAAUGAUUGUCGAAAAUCUUAUCAUGCAAGGUUCAAGGCAUGCGUAAGAGUUGGAGACGAUAAUGGAAAGUAUGGAGGAAUAGCAAUAGAUGAUUUGGAAGCGUAUAACCACAUGGCACAGGGAUCGCAUGAGAAGAAGAUUUUGAAUGCAAAAUAUGGCCGAAAUAAGAUAUUGAAAGCUGUUGAUGAGUACACUAUGGACAAGUUGUUUGAACAAAUGUUGAAGCAGGGUACCGAUCUCAAAGAAUGUCCUGGAUGUGGUGCUGUCAUUGAGAAAUUUGAAGGAUGUAAUAAAAUGAAGUGCAGUGAGUGUCUUACAUGUUUCUGCUUCAAUUGCGGAACACAGACAGAUAACUCAUAUGACCACUUCACCGAUCCACAAUCACCUUGCUACAAAUUAUUGUUCUUUGGAAUGCCAGGGGUCGAAGAUGACUGA